AUGCUUGUUACAAAGCAUGCAGCUGAGCUCUGUGCUCUCCUUGUGAACGAUCUGUAUGGCGAGCUUCCAUCGCGAAUCCUCGCCACACUCCUCACCAAAGGUCGAUCUACUAUUGCGCAACUCGCACAGCACACGUCCCUCCCUUCAAGAUUCCUCCGAAAUGGAUUGAGCGUCUUGAUCCAACAAAAUCUUCUUUAUCACCAUACCGAAUCCGACAGUAAGGGUACGAACUACGAAGCCAAUCCCGACGCUUGCUAUAGUCUCGUCCGAUUUGGCAAGAUCCUAGAGGCCAUAGAAAGCCAAUAUGGUACCGCAGAGCGCGACUUGGUCCAAACACUCCUGCAGCUUGGAUUCGCCCGCAUUGCAGACCUAAGUCAGGCCUUCAAAGGCCGAGCGCCUAAGACAAAUGGCCACGCCAAUGGUUCAACAGAUACGUCGUCUGGGCUGAUUGAUUCGGAAUCACAUCUCAAUGCGGUUCUAGGGAGACUGAUACAAGCUGAAAUAAUUGAGACGAUGCGUGCGGACAGCUUUCGCAACCCUCGCGAAGUCCAUCGUGAAAUUGAACAAGAAAUGACGAGAACGGGACCUGGCGAGAAGACGAGCAAGAUUACAUCGGAACAGACAGGACAGAUUAUGUCGAAAUACCGCACAUUCAAAGAGCAGGGCAAAAGUUUAAAACGCCAGCUGGACAUUACUAGAGGCACUUCCGGCAAAAGACGCAAGCUGCAAAAUGGCAAAGGCCGCCAGCUAGAUGACGACUUGGACGGAUCCCCGCUAAACCCCAACAUUGUGGUCAGGAUCAAUCACGAAAAAUGCCUGGUUGAAUUGCGCAAUCACCGCCUGGCAACCUUUGCAGCAGAUAUGCUGGGUGAGGUCACUGGGACAGUGUACCGAACGCUGCUUGACCUGUUGUCUGUCGACGUCUCAAAAUGCCGGCCGGACCCGCUGCUUGAGGAAGAGAUGCCUGGCCAGAAACUGACCGUCACAACCAUGGAAAUUUAUCAUCACUUGGAUGAGUCGGUCAACGUUCAAAGCGGCAUCGGCAAAGCUCCGAAGGACAAGAUCGACUUCCAGAGUGCGGAGAAGAUCAGACCAGAAGCUCAAGACUCCGACAGUGACUCGGACGUUUCUGACAGCGAAAUGCCUGCGCGGAGGCCGUCAACUGUCGCGAGAAGCUUGGACAUUGAUAUGGACAAUGGAUUAGAAUCGGACGAGAAUCAUGAGAAUGGCGUGCCUCAUACAAAUGGAAACGGCAAGCCAAAAGUAAAGUUUGAAGAUGACGGGUCAUCGAAAAGUAACCGAAUUGACCAGCUGCGCCAGCAUUUGUUUCUGCUAGCAGAGAGCAAGCAUCGAUUUGUGCGGCACUGUGGUGCUCAGGGUCGUGGACAGUGGACGGUUGACUUCUCCAAGGUUCUUAACCGGCUAAAGGAAACGGAACUGGAUGCGUAUAUUGAACAGUCAUUUGGGCGACAUGGGCUGCGGCUUACUCGGAUUCUCCGAGAAAAAGGCAAACUUGAUGAGAAGAUGCUCCCAUCCGCUGCUCUAAUGAAGAAGUCGGAUGUCCAGCUCAAGAUGAUUGCCAUGCAAAUGGGCGGUCUUGUUGACGUGCAAGAAGUCCCGAAGGAUAACAGCCGAAUGGCGAAUCGAACGCUUUUCUUCUGGUUCUUUGACAGGGAAAGAACGGAAUCGCAGGCCCUUGAUGAUAUUUACAAGGCCAUGGUGAGGUGUCUACAGACGCUGCAGGUCGAGCGGCACAAGGAGAGGAACAUUCUCUCUUUUGUAGAGCGAAAGGAUGUGCAGGGCAAGGAAGAGGAAGUGAUGACGGCAGAGCAUUACAACAAGUACAACAACCACCUAGAGGUUCAGGAAAAACUUCUUGGCCAGGUGAUGCGGCUAGACGAGAUGGUCGCUGUUUUUAGGGACUACUAA